UUGUGUUUGAAGCUCUGCAAACUGGAUUCGUAAAUACUGAACAGGUUUAACAUUUACGAUCAUCGACCCCCCCCGACCAUUUUCCAAGCACCACUGGAUAAUCGCUCACAAUAACGUUUCAGAGACGUCCACCAAUCGGGCCUUUGUCGACUUUGAAGUGAGGGGAUUCGGCCUUGUUGUCGAAAUGUGUGUGUGCCUCGCUUUCGACAUUGCCUGUGCAGUGUUCAACGUGCACUCCGCUGUGGUUUGCAAUUGACCAGAUUUUUGCUUUGACAGGAAUGCGCACAAUGUGGCAUUUGUGUAAGGAAGCAGUGCGGUUGUCGCGUCACAGAUGAAAGCGCUUCCUUCUCAUGAGAGCUUUCGAGUCCUCAAAAUCACUGACCUCACUUCAUCUUCAUUCACUCACUUGUUUUAGUAGUUUGUGCCUGAUUGCUUCAGGGGUGCGCCUCAUUUCUGAACGAGUAUCGGGUGGUCCUCCCUCCAGAGCGAUGCCUCGUUCCUUCUUGGUAAAGCGAGGAGGGCUGAAUCCACUUCGGUCAGAGCAUAGAAGGAGCCUCGCUAAAAAAGAAAGGGGGCCCCGAGACUCAUCCGUGGGGGACGCCACAGAGGGUAAUGACACGGUUGCUGUCGAAUCGCUGCAGCCGGUUCCUCGUGACCAACACCGUGAAGACAAAGACAAAGUUGAAGAGUCUAUCACGUGGCCGAGACAUCGCAUGGCUUCCGACAGCCAAAACCCAUCAGGACUGGGCGUCUCUCAUCAGAACGACUGUGACGACGCAAAGACGAUUUCUGACGGUCAAGAGUGUCCAGUCUGUGGCAAAGUAUUUACCCAUUUAUUUAGUUUUAAGAGUCACCUAUAUAAGUGUCAUGGAAUCAGGUCCUACACAACGGAGGGUCAAUCAUGCAAGGGCAAGGACGUCAGGGCGUUUGGCUGCAGCGUGUGUGGGAAAGUGUUCAAGCGCUCGUCCACGCUGUCCACUCACCUGCUCAUCCAUUCCGACACGCGGCCCUACGCCUGCCAGUACUGCAGCAAGCGCUUCCACCAGAAGUCGGACAUGAAAAAGCACACUUUCAUACACACGGGCGAGAAGCCCCACGUGUGUCACAUAUGCGGCAAAGGCUUCAGCCAGAGCUCCAACCUCAUCACACACAGCCGCAAGCACCAAGGUGACUGGCCCCACCGCUGCCCUCGCUGCCUCUUCAGCUUCCAGGAGCCGGUGGACCUGUGGCAGCACCACUGUGCCCGCCGCUGACACGGCCAGGAUACACGCACACCGGCCUCUUUCGCACCGCUCAUUUUCUUUCUUGGUGUAAAUGUAUCGGAACGAUUUUGUGAAUUUUCAAUUGACAAAAAUUUAGUGAAAUGGAAAGGAAAAUGUUACAUUUCUUCUUUAAUCUGGCCCAUAUUGCUAUUAAUGUUCAAAUGUCAGGUUUUUGUUCUUUAAAAAAUGAGGCCAACAACCAGGAGUGUGUCGACUUUAUAUCUAUUAUUGUUACUAAUAACUUUUUUUAAUCCUCAUUUUGAAUAACCUGACCAUCUGUACUUUGACAAUAAAUGUGGCCAUUUAGCUGGAAAGUCGACCCAUCCACAUUUUAGACCGACGUCGUAAAUCUUCCGACUUCAACCCUAUAGAGCAUUUUACAUGCUGAGGAGGAGACUGAAGGGAGUAAACACGCCCUGCCCCCAUGGAAAAUAAAACAAUUCAU